AUGGCCUGGCAGUCGCCCUCGGCCAUGAACGGCGGCGGUGCCAACGGAGGGGGUGACGGCAAUGCGCCCGCCGGCACAGAGUACACAUUGCAGGGUGUGAUGCGAUUUCUACAGCUGGAAUGGCACAACCACGAGCGUGCACGGAAUGCCUGGGACAUCGAGCGCGCCGAGAUGAAGGCCAAGAUUGCAAAACAGGAGGGCGAGGUGCGGAGUGCGAAGAAGCUCAACGACCAGCUGAACAAGCACAUUCGCAUGCUGGAACAGGCCCUCACCAACGAGAGGAAGAAGAAGAGCGAGGCAGCAGGAGGUGACGCCGAGGCCACAACAGACGACAAGAAUGACCCCAAGGGCAAGAAGAGUGGCAGGAACUCGACGAAGCCUCAAAAUAAGAAACACAACUCCUUCCUCGACGUUGACUCGGAGUUCCUCGACCGUGCAGAGGCCGACCGCGAGAAUCUACGAGAGAAGUCGAAGCUCUACCUCACGAAAUGCGUCGAAGAGAUCACGUACCUCCUUACACCACCCCCGCAAGCCCCGCAACAACAGCAGAACAUGCAGCCGCUCGCAAACGGCAACGGCUACAUGAACCAUGGCGAGGCCUCGAUGGAAGAUAUCUACCUCCAGCAACAUCGCCAGAGGCUGCAGUCGCAACUUCCAACCAUGCCAGGCACAUCGAUGCCUACCCACCAGCCUCCCAACGUACCAGUCCCGUCCGAACUACAGAGCUUGGCCAACCAGCAUCAGAUCCACCACGCACCGCAGAUGGCACGAGAGCCUUCACAGCAACAACCGCUUCCGUCCAACGCUGCCAUGGCUCAAGAGCUUCUCGCUGGACAUCAACGCCAGGUCCAGAACCAGCAGCACUUCUCCUCGGUGCCCGAAGAGCAGGUUGAAAAGGUCACUCAUGCUUUCGACAACGAAGGCCGUCAAAUACCGAUACGUGGAGAUGACGCCUCGGAUGCAAGCCAGGCUGCCAACCAAGACAAGGAUACAGAUGAUUGGAUCUUCGACCCUGCAUCGGAGACAGCUCAGGAUGGCCCACCAAGGCGGCCAGACACCGAGGAGUUUCCAUCAGCGGAUAGCAUCCCAGCAAAAUCACCACCACGACCAGUCAAGAGGGCCAGCAAAGACCAUGUUAGGCGAUUGAGCAACGACCAGAAAGCACAGCAAGCCGUAGCUCAGUCAGCAGCAAAGAACGACCCGCAAAGUUUCAAAGUUCGAUUCGCACUCCGUGGUCACCUUGAUGUCGUGCGGUCAGUUAUUUUCACCGGGGGUGGCAGUCCCAGUGAACCCGAGAUCUGUACCGCAGGAGACGAUGGCAUGAUCAAGAGAUGGAUGAUUCCCGCAAGUUACGCAAACCAGCACAGCAUGAACAAUGAUCUCGACAUCCAGCCGUUCUGGUCACAUCGAGGACAUGAAGGCACUGUGACAUCAUUGGCAGCCUGCCCCGCUUCUGCUCAUUUCGCUACGGGCGGAAGAGUCUCUGGCGAUGGCUGGAUAUUCUCUGGUGGUCAAGACGCUACGAUCCGUGUAUGGGAACGAGGCCGGGUUGAUCCCAAGGCCACCCUGGAAGGACACACAGAUGCUGUCUGGACUGUAUGCGUUCUUCCGACCAACUGUGCUAAUCUCUUCGGCGCGGACAGUAGCAAGUACGGAGGACCGGACCGCGUCAUACUUGCUUCUGGGUCUGCUGACGGCACUAUCAAGAUCUGGGCUGUAAGUGCACCGCCUCAGCUGGUCUCACCGCAGACGGGAUCUCGACGUGGUGUUGGUGGUAGCCGAAGACAUUCCGUCACAUCUGGCUCGCAUCACCCAUCGUCGCCGCAGCCCAGCAUUGCUACUACGACACCAUUCCAUCACACGUUGAUACAUACUAUCGAGCGCGACACGCAUCCUUCACCUACUUGUAUCAGCCCGCUGUCACCCACUGGAGAGAACUUUGUUGUCUCGUUCUCCGACGCAUCUAUAUUGGUUUACGACACGAGGACCGGUGAGGAAUUGAUUGGUAUGGCUAGCAAUGAGUCAUAUGACGGCACUCCAGCGACUGGUAUUACAUCAGUCGUGACAAGUUCCCAAUACCUUGAAGGCUCGUCACAAGAGGCGGGUCGCGGUGGUCCUGACGAGGAAGGUAUACACGGCCCGACGGGAUCUGCCAAUGGCGGUCUCGAAGGGGUUGUAAUCAGUGGGCACGAAGACCAUCUCAUCCGGUUCUUCGAUGCCAACUCAGGACAAUGUACAUACAGUAUGCUUGCACACCCUGCAGCUAUUUCUUCGUUGUCGCUCAGCAAAGACGGCCGGGAAGCCGUCUCCGCUGGCCACGACGCUUCCAUUCGUUUUUGGUCCCUUGACAAGCGCAUCUGCACACAGGAGAUCACCGCGCAUCGUAUCAUGCGUGGCGAAGGUGUGUGCAGCGUAGUUUGGAGUCAGGACGGUCGCCUUGUCGUCUCAGCAGGUGGCGACGGCAUAGUGAAGCUCGUCGCUCUGCCCCAAAGCAUCCAGUCUGCAAAAGAACUUUACGACUUGCGCCUCAAGUACAAAGAUGCCUCGGUUCUCAUUACCGCGAUAUACUCCGAGUCCAUGGUCAUUGCAGCGUCAUUGUCCCAAGUCCAAAGCCUCCUACAACAUGACGCGCUACGGGAGAAGCCCCAGCUGCUCGAGACCUUCGAUCGUGCGCUUACGGGGUGUCGAGUUGUAUACGGGUGCCUAGAAGAGGAGGUACGGGACUUGAGAGUGAAGGCGGAGAACGACAACCUGAAGUUCAAAGACAAAGCGAAGUUUGUGUUCAAGGAAGAGACCUUCAAAGAGCUGCUCACCCAGAUCCGUGGCCAGCAGUCAGCGCUCAGUUUGCUGAUACAAGGAUUGCAGAUGGAGUCAAUUGCGGAUAUCAAGAAGCUGGUUGAGGAUAAUAGUGUGACACUCGAUCAGGUUGUAAAGCGGUCGAGGACUCUACGGCAGUCGCACCCGAGACUGAAGGUACCGGAGUCGUUGUUCGAUCGGAAAGGUCUCAGUGACAACGAGGCCGAUGUAGAGUCCAUUGCGAAAGCUACGGAGUUUACUUUCGAUGAUGAGGUCGUCAACUCGAAAGCGUAUCGUAGGGCUAUGGCAAUAGCUAUGUCUACUUCACGCCAUGAGAUCGAUGCGUCUGAGGAAACAGGUACUGUUGUACCAGAAGACAGUUCGAUUGCUCUCGAGACGACGCCUCCCAGUGUACUGAAGUCGGAAACAGAAAGAGAACUAUCCCCUCAGGCCACAACGACAAAUGAACACGCAGAUUUGUUCGAUACCCUUGAGCGCGACAUACUCUCCUUUAUGCCGCAAACCUCGUCCACGACACUUUGCUUGACUCCCAACCACACAGGGCCUAAGAGCCCCUCUUCGCUACCGAAUGAUCCUUAUGGCUCAUUGACUCCGGCGCCACUGCGAUCGUUUAGUGGAGACAGCGGAACGGGAGUUCCAGAAGCUGCGCCUCCGUUGCCUCCUCGCCGCCCAAGUGAGCAGCAUGUCGCAACGCCCCAAAUGCGCUCAGUAUCUUCUGAUGAUAGCAUGUUUUCCUCCAUCGCACCAUCGAUUUUAUCAAAAGCGUCCACGGGAUCGUCUUACACCGUGUACGAAACUCCACCGUUAAGUCCUAAUUCGACCGGCAUACCUUCGCGAAAGCCCCUGCCCUUCAUGCAUAAGCCAUCUUACAACGCUCAAGGUAACGCCGCGCGUGGUAUGGACGAAGUUGCAGCAGCUGGGGCAUCGUUGCCCCUGUACAAUGUCGAAAUGCACAGUAUCUGGAUGUCGCUGGCCGAAGCCGAGAGGAAGUUUAUUGACCGCAUAAUGAGACUGAAGCGAAUGUUCUACGAUAACAUCGUAAAGCAAUGGCCAGUCCUUGAGAAGCAUAUGGAUGCCAUCCUUAUCGGCGAGCAACUUGCGACACUUCAUCAGCAGUAUCUGCUCCAGGCGAUGGACCGUGAUCUCGCUGGCAGUACUAACGCCCUCUGCAAUCCAUACAUGAUUGAUAUUUGGGUAGAUAAGAGUCAACAAUUGUAUCGAGAAUACUGUCGCAAGAUGCCGCAUGCGGCUUCCUCACUACGAACGACACAGAACUUGGACCCGAAAUUCACACCUUUUGUCAACACACUUGGUCUGAGUAUCGCUUAUUUUGGCAAGAGCUGGCAAGAUUAUUUGGAGCUUCCUCAGGUACAGAUGCAGAGUUAUAUCGACAGUCUGCAGAGGCUUGUCAGCAUCGCGGACUCCCUCAAUGACCCGACAGCAAACCAGGAGGCUAUGCGUUUACGACGUGCUCUACAGGCCGUCACUUGGCUGAAAACAUCCAUCUCAACCUUACUAGAUGAAGCUCAGGCUCGUGAAGAUGUACAGAAUCUCCAGAGGCGUAUCCGCACAGAUGCACUAACGUUUGCGCAACUACGCCUGCAUGAGCCGGCCCGUCGCGUUAUUCACCAAGGCGGUAUGGCAAUGAAGUUCAAGAGCCAGGGACCUUGGGUUCCAGUACACGCCAUGUUGCUCGACAACUACUUCAUAUGGGGUAAAGCUAAGAAGAGCAAAGGGGAUGAGGUUCUCAUAACGGACCCACCUAUCGCGGUCGCCGACAUGGAUCUGUCCCUUCCCACAGACGCAUACCAGUUUCAGAAGGCUACCAUGCUCGACCAGAUAGCAAGGGGCUCAGUCGUGAAGUCGCGUUUGAGGUCUCCACGAGCCGGCGGCGAGUGGUCCUUAGACGGCUGCCAUGUCUUUCUUCAUCUCGUCCAAGGUCAACCCUGCUACACCAUAGGCCUGUCCAACCUCGAGAGCCCGAAGCCUCCGGCUUGCGAUGUGUACCUCCCUGACGAUGGGGCCGACCUGCUUCUGUUCGGAAUCGUACCGGUUUGGAAGAACGGCAGCUGGCGAUUGCAGUCCGCUUCUGAGACUAUCACGGAGGUGAACGGUGCGCCCAUCCAAUUCAGCGAUCCGCAUGCACAAAACCAGUUUCCGCAAGCGAUCUAUCUGCGGCAGAACUUAGUCAACCACAUCUUCGUCAACGGCUUGCGAGUCGACAUCUUCAUGUUAAAAGCAAUACGAGAACUCUACGCGAUGGAAACAGCAUUCUUGCCGUCAGAGCUGCAUCCCCACCUACAGGACGUCACUCGUCGUCCCGAAGCUUGGGCGCGAAAUCGCUAUCUGCCGCUCUCUGAACAAGUCUCCGCGAACACCUGCCGAGUUCUCGAGCGCUUCACAAGCAAGAUCGAGACAGCGAAAUUCUUCCGCCGUGCGGGAAACCGCCGCGAACUUCGGGAUGCUGAGUUUCUCAAGUUCGGCAAGGCUAAAGCCGAUGUAUCUGUCGUUCGUUACUUGCAGUCACUCGACAUCAACCACAUCCCCGCUGUUAUUACCGAGACGCAUGAGGGCUUCAAGACAUACGCGGCUUUCGAAGAGGAUUUCAAGAAGCAACAUCCGCGCGUGGGCUUCACAAUCGCCUCGAAGCUCCUGCGACGACUGUUCUCAGCCCUCGCCUUCCUGCAUUUCCACAAGAUCGUUCACGGAAACGUUACCAAAGAGGGUGUCUUGCUUCGCCUAGGGGACUACAAGCCUGAAGCUGUGCUCUUAGUCGACUAUACGAGGGCAACGUCGUUCCCUGCUGGCAUGCCUGAACCUCUGGAGAAGAUGAUCGAGGACGGUCGCACCGCGAUGGAGAUUGUCGAGAGCUGCUGCGAUAUCUGGCAACUGCGGAAGGCACCACCGAAAGAUGCCUUCGGCGAAGCCUUCAUGGCGAAGAAGACCGAGGUUGCUCGCCAAGAAUCCGCUCUCAUGGAGCGCGUCGUCGCCGACUUCUUCGGACCGAAAGGCGAGUCGCGAGAGUCUGAAAAGGGCAAGAAGAUGCUCGACUUGGCGCAAGAGAAGCAAGACGCCUGGCAUUCUGCUCGAAAUGCUCAGACCCACAAUGCAGCCCGCCGUGAGGUGGGGCUAUGCCGCUCUGAUAUGAUCAAAGAGAUGGAGCAUGACUGGUCGCUCCUGCAUCCAUUUCCAAAGAUCGGCGAAGAGCAGCAUAUGAUAUUGACUCUGGGGCAUCCAUACCUAGACGGCCUGGCUACGAAACUCUACCACAAUCAAUGGGACCUGCCGCCGCGGGAUGUGUGCACCAAGAUCCAACAACUUGCCGGCGAGGUGGAAGAACCCUGGCAGACCUUCGCAGUCAAGCGAACAGUGCCAUUGACCCAGGUCGAGGGUGGCUUCGAAGAGCGUUGCUUCCUGCACUGGCUAGCGAGCUGUUGCGAAGCCUACCCAGAGUGGCGUCACGCGAUUGUUGAGGAAUACGAGCGCCUCGUCGCACCCCAGCACGGAGUGAUUGUCUUUGCAGAUAUCAAGAAGCUUCGAGGUGCUCUUGCGGGUCUAGGUACCAUGCCGGAGGUCCUACACGCCACAUUCACGCGUUUGACCAGUGAGAUCAAGACCCAGCCUACUACACACAUCGAAGAGGUGCACAAGAUCUGGUAUCACCGGCCUUCACGAAUGUUCAAUCUGACCCAACUACAUCGCCUGGCAACUCCUGGCCGCCUUGUCGCCUGCAUCAAUGAGGGCGACACAGAUUGUCAUGACUGGGUAGAGGUACGCGGAGAGCCCAAGCUAGAGGGUCAUUACACCACCCUGUCCUUGUUGUCGGACUUUGCAAAGCAACUAGGACUGAUAGCCGAGGCCUAUAAUCACACGCAAGACUUCCCCCCAUAUGAUUUAGCAGACUUCAGCCGGGUUAUACAGCGCGUCGUCCUUGCUCACACUGGCCUUCUUCCCUGGGCAUCUGUCACUCGCAAGGGCGCCCAAUUCAACUUCCAUGCACCCGAGAUUGCCCACGACUACGAGAGUGCCGGGGCGUUUCUAUCUACUUACUUUGGUGGUAUGAAGAUGUUGCCUACGAUGCCACAAGGUAGUGAAUUCUAUGAGCGCUCUGGUCACUGGUCAAACUUCAAAACUGGAAAGGAAAUCGAUGAGGCAAUGGAAGUGGACAAGCGACCCAUUCUGCCUGCGAAGGGUCAGUCGAAAAAGUCGACAUCGCAGUCGAUGAAGUCGCUUCAGGUUUUGUCGCCGCAUGUUGAUCGUGCUCGCCUCUCUCAGACGCUGGAGACUCGCAAGCGUGCUCGUGCUAGGGCUCGACCUCUAGGUAAACGCGAUGCAGACAACGAAGUGUCAGACACAAACAUGCAGGCCGCGAAGCGUUCACAUCUUCUUCCCAGUAGCCAAGACUCCCAUCAGCCCAAUGCACCAUCAGCGGAGGAGCCCCGGCCUACAAUCUCGUUGACGGACUGUGAUCUGGACAAAACCAUUGCCAAUUUGGAACGCCAAUUUUCAUCUAAUGAACCGCUCCCUCAAAUCUCACACGUGCCAGACACGUCGUUCUUCACACGAAACAACGGAGUAAACACCAACGUCCUUUCCAGCCCGCCUGCUAUCUCAGCAAUUGAACAAGGAACAUUCACUGUCGUAUCCAACGACGAAGCCGACCUGGACGACGACUACAAGCAAGCAGAGGAGUGGCUGAAGCACAUGGAGGAAGACGAUGCGCCUCGAGAUUCCGGUAUCUUCGGUCUCAAUUUCCACCACACCUUCCGUGAGCAGGAUGAUGGACCGGAUAACGGAGGAGACGAGUCAGAUGAUGAAGAUGGUGGUGGAGCGACGCUGAUUGCUAGUAACAAGGUGAAACAGAUCGACUCGCCGGCACCCAAGCUCAAAGAUAAGAGCGCGUUUGCAGCCGGCUUGAACGCGAUGGCGUCAAUGCGAGGUAUGAGUAAUGCACAGGCAGUGUCGCAGUCCUUUCCCGUGUUCCAAUCGGCGCCCAAACAGAGCAGUCCUCCUUUCGCUCGACCAGCUUUCCUGGCUACCCUCCGUGCCGAGUCUGGGGGUCAUCGUCGGAACGAUAUUUCCAUUUCGGAUCUCGCCAACGUGAGUUUCAGGGUUGAUCCUGCUCAGUCGGUUCCUCCGCCACCGGCAAUGGGUGUGAUGGGUUCUGAGCAAUCGCCGCCACCGUCAGCCCAGCCACAGCGUGUUGAUGAUUCGUUUGCAUCUAACGUUUCUGGUCCGAAUUGGAGGAUGACGGGAGAGUGCAAGGACAGUGAGGAAGAAGAUGGAGAUCUGAAAGACAUUCAACCAGGAGAGCGGCUUAGUCAGGGUGAUUCACCAGGCACGCAACCGGGAGAGCCUUCUAGUCAGGAUGAGCCGCCAGCGACGGGACCAGGAGUUCACGUCAUUCAAGACGAGGAUCUGCCAGCCACGCAACCAGGACGAGAUAACUCCAGUCAGUACAACGCUCUACAAGACGCACGACCGGGAGAGUCGGCCGUUCUGCAUGGACUGCCAGACACCCAACCAGGAGGUCAGUCCAGCAGCGUAGCACAGCAUCCCGAUCAGGGCGAUGAUCCAUGGAGCCAGCCGCCAGUAGGGUGGGAUGGUCGGAGUCCCUACUCGUCGUUCUACCCACCACCAUGGAAACGAUAG